AUGGCCCCCCAAAGAAUGUGGCUUCUCCUACUGCUGAGCUGUGUACUCAGCACUGAAGUCUUGGGUGACAUCAUCAUGAGACCCAGCUGCGCUGCUGGAUGGUUUUACUACAAGUCCAAUUGCUACGGAUACUUCCGGAAGCUGAGGACCUGGUCUGAGGCUGAGUACGAGUGUCAGUUGUAUGGAAAUGGAGCCCACCUGGCAUCUCUCCAGAAUGCAAAGGAAGCCAACACCGUAGCGAAGUAUAUAAGCGGCUACCAAAAAACCAAGCCUGUAUGGAUCGGCCUGCAUGACCCACAAAAGAGCCAGAAGUGGCAGUGGAUCGAUGGGGCCUUCUAUUUGUACAGAAAAUUGUCGGCCAAGUCCGCAGGUGGAAACAAGUACUGCGUGGAGAUGAACUCCAGGGAGGACUUUUUAACUUGGAGGAGCAACAAAUGCAGCACGCACCAGCACUUCCUGUGCAAAUACCGAGUGUAGAGCACGAAUCGAGGCUAUGCUCACCCUACACACGCCCCUGCCCUCCUCCCUCUGUGCAUGCUGG